AUGGCCGGCUCCCAGCUCAAACGCCUCAAGGCGUCCCUCAAAGAGCAAGGAAUUGUCGGCCCUCAGCAAUCGAAGAAGCAGAAACGACGCAAUGCUCAGGAUGAGCGCUCUCGAAAUGACAAACGACUUCAGCGCGGAGUGGUCUUGGAGGGGAUUCGCGAGCAAUUCAAUCCUUUCGAUCUUAAGCAUGCCAAGGGCCCAAAAUUCGAAGUUACGAGUAACCGGCCUAUGUUGACUGCUGGCAGCAUCAAGGGUCGUCCCGGUCAGGCAAAAGCAGCCAGCGAGGAGAGGCGCCGUCAAACCCUUCUGGUCGAGAUGCAACGCCGCAACAAGGUUGGUGGAAUUCUCGAUCGUCGAUUCGGUGAAAACGAUCCCACAAUGGCCCCCGAAGAUAAGAUGCUUGAGCGAUUUGCCCGAGAAAAGCAGAGAAGUCACAAGAAGAACUCAAUGUUUGAUUUGGAAGACGACGAUGCUUCAGAAGGUUUGACCCACAUGGGCAAGUCUCUUUCCUUUGACGAUAUGGACGAUUUCAAAGAAGAUGAUCUCGAGGAGGACUACGAAAGUGAUGGCUCGGUGCGUGAACAGCAGAGAUUGAAGCGUAUUCGUGCAAUAGCAGCCCAAGGUAGUGAUGGUGAGGACGAUGAACCGGAACGAAAAAAGACGAAGAAGGAGGUGAUGGAGGAGGUUAUCGCCAAGUCCAAACACUACAAGUACGAGCGACAGGCUGCAAAGGAGGAGGAUGAAGAGCUCCGAGAGAAACUUGACAAGGAGUUGCAAAACAUCCAGUACAUGUUGCACCACAGCCGGCCAGGCGCCAAGCCUCAGAACGAGGGGCUUGCAAAACCCACCAUCGCUGGAGUUGACCGAGACGCUUUUGAGAAGAACUUUGAUCUUCAAGUAAAGAAACUGGCUCAGGAUAAGAGGGCACAGCCUGCCGACCGCACCAAGACUGAGGACGAGAAGGCUGAAGAAGAGUCUACAAGACUCAAGAAGCUCGAAGACAAGCGCCAGAAGCGCAUGAGGGGAGAGUCAGUCAGUGACAGCGAGGAUGAAGAAGUCGACAACAAAGGCAAGAAGCCUGAGCUUGAUGCUAUGGAUCUGGACGAUGAGGAAGACUUUGGCUUGGGCAGCGGUAUCCGAGCUCGUCCUACUGCUACUGAGCUUGGCUUUGACGAUGAAGAUGAUUUCGUGAUCGACGAUGAUCUCGUGGCUAGCGGCUCGGACCUGGAACUCGACAGUGAGGGUGAAUCAGACAUGGAGGAUGUGUCUGAUGAGGAAGCUGAGGAUGAGGAGGAUGACUUUACAAAAGGCUUGCUUAAUGAGGAAGAGAGCCGAAAUCCUGUUUUCGAUGCCGACUCGACAACAAAAGCUUCGGCGAUUCAGAAGGGCGACGAGCAAGGCCUCCCCUACACCUUUGAAUGCCCUCAGUCUUGCGAUGAAUUGCGAGUCAUUCUGGCACCAUACCCAGCCAAGACCUUCCCUACAAUUGUCCAGAGGAUUCGUGCCCUCUAUCAUCCCAAGCUCAGCAGUAUGAACAAGGAGAAGCUUGGCAACUUUGCAAGUGCUUUAGUUGACUACAUCGGUCUGCCCUGGGACCCUGCCACUUCUGCCCCUUUUGCGGUGCUCGAAAGCAUUGUCCGACACAUCCACUCUCUGGCAAAGAUGUUCCCUAUCGAAAUUAGUAAGCAGUUCCGCAAGAAUCUUGAGGAGAUGGGAGAGUCUCGACCCUUGGCACUAGGAACCGGAGACUUGGUUUUGCUUUCUGCAGUUGGAACCAUCUUCCCUACUUCCGAUCACUUCCACCAAGUCGUCACUCCUGCUGUGCUGACCAUCACUCGAUACCUUGGCCAAAGAGUACCACAAAACCUGGCACAUUAUGCUAUUGGGACAUAUCUCUGUAUCCUUGCUGUCAGCUACCAGAAACUUGCUAAGCGCUACGUGCCCGAAGUUGUUAACUUCUCUCUGAAUACGCUCUUGGCCCUGGCCCCUGUUGCCACUUCCAAGAAGGUCGGGGAUUUUCCUCUUCACAUGGCUCCUGAGGGCAUCCGCAUAGAAGCUGCGACUAAGUCAGAGUCACGGAGACUCAACUUCUCAGACUGCAUCGAGCAAGAGGCCAAAAAGACAGAAACGAUAGCCCGCAAGGUCGCUAUUCUCGAUACCACAGCACAAGUUAUAGAAACUGCAGCAGAUACGUGGACUGGGAAGAGUGCAUUCCUCGAGACCUUUGGACAGGCUGCGAGCGUACUCAAACACCUCGGCAGCAAAACCUGCAGGUCACAAUUACCUACUACUCUCAAUGAAAGAAUCGAGAAGUUGCAAGUCAAAUUCGACCGCAUGCUUAAGGUUGCGCAACUAUCGCGCCGCAAUGUUGAGCUGCAUCAUCAUCGGCCCUUGGCAAUCAAAACCUAUGUACCCAAGUUCGAGGAGACAUUCGAUCCUGAUAAGCACUACGACCCCGAUCGAGAGCGAGCAGAGUUGGCCAAGCUCAAGAAGGAGCACAAGAAGGAACGCAAGGGUGCCCUUCGGGAGCUGCGCAAGGACGCCAACUUCAUGGCACGCGAGAAGUUACGGAUCAAGAAGGCAAAGGACGAGGCGUACGAGAAAAAGUACAAGCGUCUUGUUGCCGAGAUUCAAAGCGAGGAGGGUCGCGAGGCGAAUGCAUACGAGCGAGAGAAGUCUGCGAGGAAGAGGGCCAAGAACAGGUAA